UUAAACCAACCCAGCCCAAACGAAAUUCUUUCAUUCUUCAUUUCUCUUUCUUAUGAAACCAUCAUCUUCUGUUCAUUUUCCAUCACCAUCACCAUCUUUUCUCUAUCUUUCAUCUCCAAAUACCCAUCAACUUACUUGGUUGAUUACACCUGUUGUAAGCCUCCAAACACUUUGCGAUCGCCCUCCCACAGCUUCCUCAAACACUCGCGUCUCAACCUCAGCUCCAACCUCGAAAGUGUCGAUUUCCAGAUGAAAGUCCUGGCUCGAUCUGGUUUAGGUGAAGAGACGUAUUUACCCCCCGCCAUUUGCGAACUCCCUCCUACUCCUUCCUAUGAAGCGUCCAGGAAAGAGGCCGAACUCGUCAUUUUCUCAUCUCUCGAUUCGCUUUUUAACAAAACCGGCCUCAACCCACUUGAUGUAGACAUUCUUGUUGUCAAUUGUAGUGUUUUUUCACCGGCUCCUUCUUUAACAAGCAUGAUCUUGAGAAAGUACAACAUGAGAGAAAAUGUGAAAAGUUUUAAUCUUUCUGGAAUGGGGUGUAGUGCUGGAUUGAUAUCUGUGAACCUGGCUCAUGACCUUCUUAAGACUCAUGCAAACUCGAACGCGAUUAUCGUCACCACUGAGAUCAUAACCUUAUUCUACUACACUGGAAAAGAUCGAUCUAUGCUACUACCCAACUGCCUCUUUCGCAUGGGUGGUGCAAGUGUUUUCUUGUCCAACAAGAAAUCUUUUCGAAAACAAUCCAAGUAUCUUUUACUUCAUGUGGUACGAACCCACAUAGGAUCAUGUGAUGAAGCCUACAACUGCAUACACGAAAGAGAGGAUUCAGAGGGCAAAAUAGGGAUUUCUCUUUCCAAAAAGUUGACCUCCAUAGCUGGUCAAGCUUUGACAGCAAAUAUCCAUGCAUUUGCCCUACAAAUACUCCCAACAACAGAACUCUUGUUCUUCCUCAAAACCCUAAUUGUGAAAAAAGUGUUCAAACAGAAGAACACGAAACCUUAUAUCCCCGAUUUCAAGCGAGCAUUCGAGCAUUUCUGUCUGCACGCAGGUGGCCGAGGUGUGAUAAACGAAAUGCAGAAAGAAUUAGGGUUAUCAUGGGAAGAUAUGGAGCCAUCAAGGAUGACAUUGCAUAGGUUUGGGAAUACGUCGUCGUCUUCGUUGUGGUAUGAGCUUAGUUACUUGGAAGCUAAGGGGAGGAUGAAGAAAGGAGAUAGGGUUUGGCAGAUAGCUUUGGGAAGUGGGUUUAAAUGCAAUAGUGCUGUUUGGAAGUGUAACAUGGAUAUUAAAACGUCGUCGGAUGGGCCUUGGUUUGAUUGUAUCGAUAGGUACCCUAUUCAUGUUUCAUAA